CCAACCCGUCGCCACAACUGCGCACACGGCGGCGGCGGCGGCAGCAGCAGCAGCAGCCAUGUACACCAGCACCUGCUCCGCGGCCGACGAGCGCGUGUACUGCCCGGAGUGCCGCCGCGCGACGGAGGUUGUCCUGGACCACGGCACCGGCGACACCAUCUGCACCGAGUGCGCGCUCGUCCUCGACGCGCACUACAUCGACGAGGGUUCCGAGUGGCGCAACUUCGCCGACGACGGCGGCGGCGACGACCGCGACCCCAGCCGCGUCGGCACCUCCGGCGACCCCUUCCUCGCCGCCAAGCUCUCCACCGUCAUCGACUACACCAACAAGACCAAGAAGUCCUCCGCCACCGGCGUGGCGACAAAGGCCCCGCCGAGGAUGUCGGUGCCGGACGCGGGGGUGGCCUCCGAAAACACCCUCGUCGACGGCUUCCGCGGCAUCGCCGACAUGGCCGACCGGCUCGGCCUCGUGGCCACCAUCCGGGACCUGGCCAAGGAGACGUUCAAGAAGCUGGACGAGGCCAAGGGCUGCCCGCGCGGCCGGAAGCGGGACUCCGUCUACGCCGCCUGCCUCUACAUCGCCUGCCGCAACCUCGGCAUGCCGCGCACGUACAAGGAGCUCGCGUCCGUCACCGCCGGGGGCGUGGCCGCCAAGAAGGACGUCGGCAAGAUGACGACGCACAUCAAGAAGCUCCUCGGGGAGGAGGACGGCCAGGUGAUGGACAUCGGCGUCGUCAGCGCCACUGACUACCUGCGCCGCUUCUGCUCCCGGCUCGGCCUGGGCAACCAGGAGGUGCGCGACGCACAGGAGGCCGUGCGGAGGGUCGAGCAAGGGCUCGACGUGCGCCGCAACCCGGAGUCGGUCGCCGCCGCCAUCAGCUUCAUGGUCGUGCAGCGCGCCGGCGCCGGCAGGUCCGUCAAGGAAGUGUCCGUCGCCACCGGCGUCGCCGAGGGCACCAUCAAGGAGGUGCACAAGGACCUCACCCCGCACGCCCAGAUGCUCUUCGGCUGAGCCUGAGCGCCCACGACAUUAACGCUUCUUGAUCCUUAGGCAGGUCCUUGGCACAUGCAUGCAUGUUUGCCAUGUCCACAACUCCAAACGUGUGCUGUUCUUGGCAACUAUCUUAGUCUUGGACAUGUGAAGUUUGUGUUGGACUUCGUUUCUAAGUGCUGAAUCAUAUCAUUCGUGAAUGAAUCUGUGCUUAGUUCGUUUGAUCCGAUUAAACUCAUGAACUGACGUCUCAGACACGGUUGCCAAGUACGCUACUCCUACUCGUGAAUUAUAAUGGUCUCAUGAACUAAUAAUUUCGAGGGCUGACAUUUUUCACCGAGAUUUCACCCAUUACAAUAAACUUUAUGUUCCGGUGGAAAAGGCGAUGACUUUUUAGUCUCAAAAAAGAAGGCCGUGGCGACCCUUCAAUACCGGCUAGGUUCAAACAACAUUCAAAUUUUGGUUGAAUCCCAUUCAAAAUGAAACCAGAAUGACCAGAUUGAAUACUGAAAUAGGUGACUUUGGUGCAAUUUAAUCCAACAAAAUAUGAUGUCUAUUCUGGCCAGAUCAUCUGACUAAUGUCAGAUACAUAUGCCAAAGUACCGAAAGAAUCUUUCUGUGUUUAUACACCUACUGAAAGAAUCUGACAUGGGUUGUUGAGUCGAGGUGACUCAACCAUGUUGCUUUCGCGGUGG